AUGUCGGCGGUUGCAACCGAUCCCUCUGUGCCGACGGGAAAGUCUGAAAGUGAGGCGUUAGUGGCCCAGCGAGAAUGUACGUGGAAAGUUGUCAAAGCCGGAGAGGGUUUAGAACGACAACAAACAUGGGAAAAGUCUUCCACACAUGAAAGUACCGGCUGUCCAACACUCCCAACUGUGCGCUCAGCAUCACAAGGGGGGAAAGAGGUUGAGGAUACGAUGAGCUCCUCAAGACGCCUAAGGUGGGGUCACCUGAGCAAUGCUUCGGUGCCGGCGUUAGAGAGUGCUGCGCCGAAGGCGGGGCUAGAGGAACAAGCGCAUGCCUCGGAAGUUAAGAAACCGGCUGUUCCCUGCCGUAUUUCUCCAAGUGGCAUUCCGGUGGAGCGUUACCGUCAAAAAUUAGAGGAAUGUGCUUCUCUACAUCACCAGCUCCAGGAAAUGGUGUCGGCACACUGCGUAACGCAGGAGCAACUUUGCGGUGUUCGAGCAGAGUGCGACUGCCUCAAGAACGAAAUUGUGCGGCUUCGGGACCUGCUAGCGACAACCACGAGCGAGUUAGGCAUUCAGCAGCAGCAUGUUGUUGAGCUCGAGCGAGAAAACUUGAAAUUACGUGAGGAGUUGCGUGAAAAGCAAGUGGAGGGUAUGACAAGCCAGAGAAAGAUGAACUACAUACUGUCAAAUUCCACUGUGUCGCCCCAGGGUGGUGGGGUCGCGACAUAUACCCGCUAUUCACCGCGCCCGUCACCGGCGACAUUGGUUUUGCCGGUCACUCCAACACUAAUGGUGCAACCGGGUUUGACAGGGGCAAAAAAUGUCUUAGAUGCGGUAGAGCUAUACGUGAGGGAGUGUUUUCGCACGAAUGUUCUGCCACACGUAGAACUUAUCCACAGUUUGUACGACGGUGGUCGUCUCGCAGCCGUUGAUCCCCCUCUGACACAUGCCCAGUUGAAAGCGCUUCAAAGGGUUCUUGCCGACGUUAAGUGGGAAGUGGAAGUUAGCGGAAUACCCGUGGAAACCUACGUCAGUAGGAAACCUAGGUUGCAGGGGAGAAGCCAGCGCCUGAAGGAUCCAGACGGGUCGUAUCCUCUGUGGUUUAAUAAGUUGGAGACUCUGACAUUUCGUAGCGAAAGUUGGCGUACAUGUCUGGGGUUUGAUUGUAGAAGAUCGUACGUUCCCUGA